UGCAGGUCCCCGUGGCCUUCAACGACGCUUCGUUCAGCUUCUCGGAGGAGGAGUGGAAGAGCCUGAACGAGUGGCAGAAGGAGCUGUACAGGCACAUCAUGAAAGGCAACUACGAGGCCGUCAUCUCCAUGGACGCUGCCAUCUCCAAACCUGACAUGCUGUCCCGGAUCGAGCAGGGAGAGGAUCCCAACGCCGAGGAGCAGGAGGACUCCGAGGCUGGGGAAACCCCCACAGACCCCAGCAGUGAGUUUUUCUUCCCUGGGCCCGACGAGAGCUCGUGGGGUAAAUACGAGGAGGCUCUGGCCGAGAGCCACGAGGGCUCUGAGGAAGAGGAGAGCAUGGAGGUCCCCAGUACAUACGAACAGCCCUGCGACGAGGAAGGCCCCGAGAGCCUGGAGCUUCCCAGGUCGUUGGCAGGGAAGUGGGAAGAGGUUUUUUCCGGCCCCGAGGAGGAGAUGCAAUCGAGCAGCAAGAGCCAGAGCGGGUCGGACCCGCAGCAGCGAACGGCAGCGGGCAACGGGCUGAGGCGCUCCGUGCGCCGCAGGAGGGACUUGGCCAAGAAGGAUCCUCCCGAGGAAGGAGCCACGGAAAAGGGGCCCUACAUCUGCUGCGAGUGCGGGGAGAGCUUCCUGGACAAGCAGCUCUUUGCCACCCACCAGAAGGCGCACGCCAGGGAGGAGGCCUGCACGUCCCUGGAGCGCGGCGAGGGCCCCUGGCAGAAAUCCAAGCCCAAGGGCCAGGGCUCCUCCCGCUCCAAACCGUCCAAGCGCCCCGACGGCGACAAGGGCUCCGGCUUCAAGUACGGCCUCGUCAGGCACCAGGUGAACAACAUGGUGGAGAGGCCUUACACCUGCUCCCAGUGCAAGGAGAGCUUCAGCCUGGAAGUGAGUCUCAUCCUGCACCAGAAGCUGCACACGGGGAAGGGCGACGGGCCGCUGACGUGCACCUACUGCGGGAAGGACUUCCGGGACCUCUCCAAAGCCAUCCGCCACCAGCGCAUCCACACCGGCGAGAGGCCCUACCAGUGCACGGAGUGCGGGAAGAGCUUCAUCCGCCGGGAUCACCUGCUCAAGCACUGGCGGGUGCACACCGGGGAGACCCCCUACCAGUGCCCCGUCUGCGGGAAGCACUUCCGCUACAAAGAGUCCCUGAAUUGCCACCAGAAAAUCCACUCCCGCAACCCGCGGCCCACGGAGGAUUCGCAGCUGGGCCUGGAGUCGGCGGGGACCCAAACCAAGCAUUUCUGCGUGAAAAAAGAGACUACGCAGGUGGACUCCCACUCCACCCGCCUGCUCGACCUGGAGGGCCGCACGGGGAUGGCCGAGAAGAAGCUGAUCGACUGCGAGAAGACGGCGGCGGAGCUGGGGAACCAGCUGGAGAGCAAGUGUGCGGCACUGGGCACCCUCAUCCAGGAGUACGGGCUGCUCCAGCGGCGCCUGGAGAACAUGGAGAACCUGCUCAAGAACAGGAACUUCUGGAUCCUGCGGCUGCCCCCAGGCAGGAAGGGGGAAGUCCCCAAGGUGCCGGUGACAUUUGACGACGUGUCCGUCUACUUCAACGACAAGGAAUGGGAGAAGCUGGAGGAGUGGCAGAAGGAGCUGUACAAGAACGUGAUGAAGGGGAACUACGAGUCGCUGAUCUCCCUGGACUAUGCAAUUUCCAAACCUGGGGUUUUGUCUCAGAUCGAGCAAGGAGAGGAGUCGCGGGGCAGGAACGAGCAGGACUUGGAGGAGAGUGAGAUCAUUACUGAUGCCACAGCAGCUGGAAUAAGGGUUGUGAUCAAAACGGAGGAGCUCCUUCCCGAGGACAGCCCCGAGAACCCCGAGCUGCACGGCAUGUCGGGGCAGUCGGAGGGCAGCUUCCAGAGCCCGGACGAGGAGGCGGCUUGUGAGAGCCCCUACGGCUCCGUGUCCCCUCCCAGGGACCUCCCGGGAACCAGCCUGGGGGACUCGUCCGAGUACGGGGCCGACUUCAACGAGAUCCAGAGGGUCAUCGUUCACCACGGGAGCUGCACAGAGGACGGGAUCGUGAUCAAGACRGAGGAGGAGGAGGAGGACGACCCCGACACGCUGGAGCCGUGCGCCAUGUUCUCGGGCAGGGCCGAGCCGCCGGCGUUCCCCGGCCACGAGGCCGGGCUGGGCUGCGAGGCGCAGUGCAGCUCCAAGGCCCAGCCCAGGGGCCUGGCAGCCCGCGUGAGGAAGCCGUCGGCCUGCGAGAGGGACCCCGGGGAGAUGAAGGCGGCCAGCGCCCAGCAGCGGAACCGGACGCGGGAGAGACCCUACAUCUGCCCCGAGUGCGGCAAGAGCUUCAUGCUCAAGAUCAACUUCAUGAUCCACCAGCGCAACCACCUCAAGGAAGGGCCCUACGAGUGCCACGAGUGCGACCUCAGCUUCCGCAACAAGCAGCAGUUCCUGCUGCACCAGCGCAGCCACACGCGCCGCGGCGUGGGGGUCCCGCGGCGCCCCGAGCACGGCCUCAAGCCCCCGGCGCGGCCCCCGCCCCCGGGGAAGCCCUACAAGUGCUCCGAGUGCGAGAGCAGCUUCAGCCACAAGUCGAGCCUCAGCAAGCACCAGAUCACCCACGUCGGGGAGCGGCCCUUCACCUGCGGCGAGUGCCGGAGGAGCUUCCGCCUGCAGAUCAGCCUCCUCAUGCACCAGAGGAUCCACGCCGGCAAGAACGAGAUGGCCUUCCUGUGCCCCCAGUGCGGGAAGAACUUCACCCGGCCCUCCCACCUGCUGCGGCACCAGCGGACUCACACCGGCGAGCGGCCCUACCAGUGCAGCCAGUGCGAGAAGACCUUCAGCGAGAAGUCCAAGCUGACCAACCAUUACCGCAUCCACACGCGGGAGCGCCCGCACGCCUGCGCCGUCUGCGGGAAGGGCUUCAUCCGCAAGCACCACCUCCUGGAGCACCAGCGCAUCCACACGGGCGAGCGGCCCUACCACUGCACCGAGUGCGGCAAGAACUUCACGCAGAAGCAUCACCUCCUGGAGCACCAGCGCAUCCACACGGGCGAGCGGCCCUACCACUGCACCGAGUGCGGCAAGAACUUCACGCAGAAGCAUCACCUCCUGGAGCACCAGCGGGCGCACACCGGCGAGCGGCCCUACCCCUGCACCGAGUGCACCAAGUGCUUCCGCUACAAGCAGUCCCUCAAGUACCACCUGAGGACGCACAUGGGAGAGUGAGGGGCUGCCCGACGGCUUCCUCCCCCUCCUCUCCCUCCCUCCACCCUUCCUCCUCCUCCUUCUCCUCCUCCUCCUCCUCCACUCAUCUCCCCCGCCCUCCCUCCAUCCGUCU